AUGUCAAUGUUUCAAAAUGGUGCGAUUAAAGUAACCAGUCAUCAGAAAGAAAUUAGUGACAAUAUGAUAGAUAAUAAAGUCGAUACUAGUGAAAAUUUGAUAUUCGAAGAUGGAGAAUGGAUGUUGAAUGAAGAUAUGUCUUUUGAAUAUAAUGAAGAGAAUUUUGAAGAAGAUGUUAAAGAUUUUGAAAAAUACUUAGAAAAAAGUUUUAAAAAAAAUUUUGAAGAACAAUUCAACGAAAAAUAUCAUGAAGAUUAUAAAAAUUCUGAGACGUAUUCUGAGAAGAAUUUUGAAGAGUAUUACGAAAGCAAUUUUACAACCAACUUGGAAGAUGAUUAUUAA